AUUGCUGUAUGUUUGAAGCCAGCUGGGGCUACGCAGCAAGGGUACUGCGAGGAGAGGCGCCCUCCCUGAGCAGAAGACAAGCUCCAUCCUUUCAAGAUGCCGGCGUCGAAGAAGUACAGGAGGAAAGAUUCGGAGGAGGUCCCUCUGGAACCUUCUGAGAAGGUCAAGGAGCAGCUGGCCGAAGCCGAGCUCUGUAAGCUCAGGCAGCAGUUCCGGAAGAUGGUAGAGAGCCGGAAGUCCUUCAACUUCCUCAGCCAGCGGAAGAUCGCCAGCCAGGGCAAGGAAAUCCAGACUCUGAAAGCAGAACAAGAAGACAUUGCCCUGCUUCUGCACCUCAUAAAGUCCCCCAAGAACCUGAAUCUGAAUCAGAAAAACUACCUGGAACUGCGCUUCCUGCUGCAGGCCAAAGAGGACUACGAGGCGCUGAUCAAGUCCUUGCGGGCGCUGCUGGCCGAGAUGGAUGAGAAGAUUUUUCAGAUGGAAAAAAAACUCAAAAUCCAAAAACAGAUCUUCGCAAAAAUGCAAGAGGCCAGUAACCCCCAGAAACUGCAAAAACAAAUCCACAUUUUGGAAAUGCGUUUGAAUAUGGUCACUGUGCACUUUGACAAGAUGUUGAUGACCAAUGCCAAGCUCCGGAAGGAGAUUGAGGACCUGCGGUAUGAGAAGGCCGCCUAUGACCAUGUGUACCAGCAGCUGCAGCGGCGGCUCCUCAUGCAGAAGAAGACCAUGAACGUGGCGAUUGAGCAGUCUGCCCAGGCCUAUGAGCAGAGGCUGGAGGCUAUGGCUCGCAUGGCGGCCAUGAAGGACCGCCAGCAGAAAGACAUCUCCCAGUACAACCUGGAGAUCCGCGAGCUGGAGCGGCUCUACGCACACGAGGCCAAGCUCAAGUCCUUCCUGCUCGUCAAGCUCAAUGACCGCAGUGAAUUUGAGGAGCAGGCCAAGAGGGAGGAAGCUCUCAGGGCAAAGAAGCACGGGAGGAAGAGCACGGGCACGAGCUUUGAGAGCUACGAGGUGGCCUACCUGCGGCUGCUGAAGCUGGUGGAGGACGGGAACCUGAACCACCUCAUUGGGGACUUCCUGGCCAAGGAGGAGAAGAACUUUGCUCGCUUCAACUACGUCACAGAACUCAACAACGACAUGGAGAUGCUGCAGAAGAAGACGCAGAGGAUCCAGGACGAGAUCCUCCGCCUGCAGUCCCAGCAGAAAUCUGUGCACGAGGACAGCCGCUCAGCGCUGAGGCAGCUGGAGGACAAGCUGAGGAAGACCUCGGCGGAGGUGAGCGAGUACGAGAGCAGGUCCCAGGAGAUCAACAAGACCUUGGACCGCCUCAAGAGGGCGGUGCAGAGCCUGUUUGAGAAGACCAACUGCGACGCCAGCAGGAUCCUGGUGCAGCUUGGGGAGACCGGGAAGGUCACAGACACCAACCUGCUGCAGUACUUCGCCACCAUCGAGAAGCGGACCAACGACCUGCUGCUGCUGGAGUCCCACCGCCGCAUAAUGGAGGCCGAGGGGCCCGAGGCCGAGGCCCCGCAGCCCUUCAUCAACCCGUUCUGGGUCGGCUCCGUGCUCGUCAAGCCCCCUGAGCCUGUCAAGGUGGUGCCCCCCGUGUUCGGGGCCGACCCCUUCAGCGAGCGGCUGGAGGACUUCGAUCACCCCCUGGAGCACAGCAGCCUGCGGCAGCUCGUGGUGGACACGUACCUCUCCAGGGAGGCCCGGAACAAGGAGCUGCACCCCGACGGGCUCUCCGACAAGAGCGACGAGCUAAGGCUCAAGAAGAAGCUGACGCUCUGAGACCGGCAGCCGCGUUUGUACCAGAGUGGAAAGAAUAGAUGUUUUGUUCUGCAAACUCUGGGCCUUUGCACGACCAG